UCUGACAUCUUGUUAUUUCAAUAAUGCGGAUCUUAUUUAAAUGGAAGGUGAUAUGUUCAUGAUAGCAGACACAUGUGAUCUUUCUUUUUUUUCAAGCACAACAUAAUCAAAAUCACUCACGUACACGAGCAUACAUUUAAAAAAAAUACAAACACCAAUGUUAAAUCCGUGACUUAAACUUUAAUAAAAAAAUAUCAUUGUCUUGCUAAACAUCAAACCACAGUUCGCGAAGACACAUGUGGUCACUUCGUUAAUCUUCAAACUUCACAACUUUGACCACCCGAUCUUUCAUAAACGUUGCAUUUGUGGUGGGGUGAGUGUACGCGUGCACGCCUACAUCGUAAUCAGUUCUGGCACCCGCCGGAUGCUAGCUGAUUUGACGGAGGCGUAGAGAGCGGACGACAGAGCGCGCGAAGGCAUGGUCGGGAAUGGGAGGAGAACUUGGAACAGAAGAGGAGAAUUUCAGUUUGGGCUUCCGAUCGACUUGUUUAAUCGCGACAUGCCGACAUCCCGGAGUAAAAUGGCGGGCCACUGCCGUUCCAUUCGCCAGUGGCACCGGCGCCAGCCAUGGAAGCGGACGAGCUGCUGAAGAAGGUGCGGGUGCUGGAGGCAGGGCAGGCCGAGCUCAAGCGUGAGGUGGGCAGGCUCAUGCCGGACCGCCCCCGCGGCGCGCAGUCCGCGGCCCGCCGCCGCGCUUUCCGCGCGCGGCUCUCGUCGUCGUGGCAGGUCGCCGUCCGUGGCAGGUUGCCCGACAGGCACUGUCACUGGAUACUGCAGUCGCUGGGGCAGGCCGUGCACGUCAUCGCCCCCGACGGCAAGUUCCUCUACUGGAGCCGGUAUUCUGAGCAUAUGUUUGGUUAUUCUGCAUCAGAAGCAAUUGGUCAGGAUGCCGUUGAAUUAAUUGUUCAUCCCGCUGACUACGAUGCAGCAAAAAUUGUCAUCCAGAAAAUAUUUAGGGGGAAGUGUUGGAGAGGGAAGUUUCCUGUUAAGAACAAGUCAGGAGAGAGGUUUUUCAUUUUAAUCCAUAACAGCCCUUUAUACGACGACGAUGGUAGCUUGGUGGGCCUAAUUGGUCUGUCGCUUGAUGUACGGACAUUAGAGGAGAUAUUUAGUCCUUCAGGCUCUGCGGAAUCCUACCCAAGUACAACAAAGUCCCAGUUUCAUGCUAACAACCGGCCUAAAAGUGAUUCACUAAACAAAGGUUCUCUUCACUCACAGCAACCUCUUCGAUCUACUACCACCUCCAAGAUAGUAACUUUGGUUACCAGUGUGACAAGUAGAGUUCGUUCUCGAAAAAGGACAUGUCAGAAUAGCGAUAAACAGUAUGGUAGUGACUGUGAGGGCCAGUAUUCUGGACUUGAUCUCCUGACCGAGCUGGCAUCAAGUGAAGAAAACACCCGUAGUGGUGAUGUAGUGCAUCGUGCCUUUGUGGCUGAAGAGAAGUCCCCUGGCAAGUCGUGCAAAACAAGUAGUGAUGAUUCAGGAGAGGGAAAAUUAGGGUUUCACAAGAUAUUUAAUGCAAAGGCUGAGGCAUUAUUGGCCAAGAAGAGCAUAUGGCCUUGGAAAGGACAUGCAAUUGAUGGGAGUUCUGGAAAGAAUAACAUGAACUCAACACAGUUGCAUGAUAAGCAAGCGAAUGACCAGAAUCAUCAGAGAGUUGUGGUUCUAGAACCUUUCAUAAUUCCAGACAACCAAAACAAUGAAUACACUUGGGCUAGCAAAUAUGAGGUCUCAGGUUCCUGGUGGGAUUACAACAUGAACAGCGUGAGUAGCAUUAACAGCACUGGGAGUACUAACAGCAGCGGUAUUGAGGCAGUAGAUUAUGAGGCAGACUGCUUAGAUUAUGAGAUUCUCUGGGAAGACCUAGUAAUUGGAGAACAAGUAGGUCAAGGUUGUUGCGGAACAGUGUAUCAUGCUCUGUGGCAUGGCUCGGACGUGGCAGCUAAAGUAUUCUCCAAGCAGGAAUAUUCAGAAGAAAUGAUAAAUACCUUCAGACAAGAGGUAUCAUUGAUGAAGAAACUACGGCAUCCCAAUAUAAUACUUUUCAUGGGUGCAGUUCUGUCGCAGCAACGGCUUUGUAUUGUUACUGAAUUUCUCCCACGUGGGAGUUUGUUUCGGUUGCUCCGAACUAACAUCGGCAAGCUGGAUCCCAGACGGAGAGUUAACAUGGCUAUAGACAUUGCAAGGGGCAUGAGCUAUCUUCACAAUUCGAUUCCCACUGUUGUGCACCGUGAUUUGAAAUCGCCAAACCUGCUGGUUGAUAAGAAUUGGACUGUAAAAGUUGCAGACUUUGGUCUUUCACGUCUGAAACUUGAAACAUUUCUGACAACAAAAACUGGAAAGGGAACACCGCAGUGGAUGGCUCCAGAGGUGCUACGGAGUGAACCUUCAAAUGAAAAGUCUGAUGUAUUCAGUUAUGGAGUGGUCUUGUGGGAGCUUGUUACUCAGAAUAUUCCCUGGGAUACUUACAAUACAAUGCAGGUCAUCGGAGCCGUAGGUUUCAUGGAUCAUAGACUGGAAAUUCCAAGGGAUGUGGAUCCUCAGUGGGCAUCGAUGAUCCAGAGUUGUUGGGACAGUGACCCACAACGCCGCCCUUCGUUCCAAGAACUCCUUGAGAGGCUCCGGGAACUGCAAAAGCAAUACAAUGUUCAGGCGCAGACGAAGCGAAAAGAGGCUGGGAAAGUUGGUGGAAGUAUGAGUGUCAAAGAUAGCUAGCCUCACCACGCAAAAAAGAAGAAGGAAAGAUAGCUAGCCUCGUGUUUUAGUGGUGAUGGAUUAUGCAUGCAACCCUGGGGUUGAUUUAUCGGAUGGGAGCUCAGAAGGGUUUCAGGAUGUUUUUGAUGUUGCUACCAAGAGGGACGGCCAGAGAGGUGGUGCAUGGCUUCUCAAAUUGUAACCUUGAUUGAAGCUUUGGAACACGGGCGUCUCACCUCUCGUGAGAGGCAGUGGCGGAGCCAGGAAUGAAAUGGAGGGUGUGCACACCUAAUUUUUUUUCCUACCUAAUCCAAGUGUCACACAAAAGUUGGCAACAAUAUAAUACAUAUAGCUCAAAAGUCAGACAACAUUAUAGUUCCCAAAUGUACCAAAUUUGCAACGUUGCAAAUACAAAGUCUUACAUGGAUACAAAUAUGUAGCAAACUACUACACUAAGUAACUCUACGACGUUCCUUUGCCAUGAAAGCUUCAACUAUGUCGUCCUCGCUUACUUUCAAGAACACAUCUCGUUCAAUGAAUGUCA